AUGUCGUCUCGUCAUCAGGCGUCCGGCUCUCCUCGGUCACAAGAUGAGCGUCACUUGAGCCGCGGCAGCGGCAGCGGCAGUGGUCGUCGCUCGCCGCCCUUGUCUGCUGCUGCUCGAUCCUCCAACACUAGCCGAGAACCUCCUUCUAAACGGCUCAGACCAAAUCAUCCAGGAUCCGCCCCUAAGCACACAGAGGCAUCAGCGACUGCAACUCCAUCGAAAGAGCAAGACGAUAUAGCUCCCAAUCUCGACAGCUGGCUAGACGGGUAUGAUGCCGGAAUCGAUCAGGAGGAACGCAGGCGAAAGGUCUUGGAGCAGAGUCGCAGACGGCGCGAGGCUAUAUUGGAAAAGUACAACAGCACCCAGGCGGCGCCAGCGUCAGACAAGUACAAGGACGUCCGCUCUGAGGCAAUAUCCAAGGCUUCACCAUCGAGCGCCAUCCACAGCUCGUCUGCACCGUCCGAGCAGCCAACAAACUUUUAUCUGAUCAAGAGCGCGGCUCAUGCUGAUAACGCUGCCGGAUCGUACGCCGAUGUCGAAGCUCUGGUCUCUGCUGCUGAGCUCGAUCCGGACGCCGACCGUGCAGACGAGCUGGCUCGGCUUGAAAAGCGUCGUCAGUCCCAACUGUGCUCAACAUCCAAGCAAGCAGCACAGGAGCAGGAGUACGAAGAGAUCGAAGUCACCGAACAUGAAGACGAUGCCGAGCUCGAUAUGUUUGCUCUUUCUGACGAUGACGGCAUGAACGAGUCCAAUGACAGAAAGAAAAAGACCAAACUGGUUCGUUUCCCCAAGGCAAACGGCUCUACAGCCGCCCUGAUCAGCAACACCAAACCGUUGCCAUUGGUAGACGCAGCAUCAUCAAGCGCCGCAAAUCUGUCGAGCAACUGGGACGACGGCGACGGCUAUCUGCGCACCAUUCUCGGCGAAACGCUGGACGAACGGUACCAGAUCUCUGCUGUGGUGGGCAAGGGCAUGUUCGCGUCGGUGGUGCGCGCACGCGAUCUGGCCGACAACGGGCGCGAAGUGGCGAUCAAGAUCGUGAGGGUGCAGGAAAGCAUGUACAAGGCAGGACUCAAGGAGGCGGGCAUCCUGCGCAAGUUGAACGAAACGGAUCCCGACGACCGAAAGCAUGUGGUGCGUUUGGAAAGACGCUUCGACUACAAGGGACACCUGUGCAUGGUUUUCGAGUCGCUCGGCAUGAACCUGCGCGAACUUGUUCGCAGAUACGGUCGCGAUGUUGGUCUCAACCUGCAGGCAGUGAGAGCGUACGCGCAUCAGCUGUUUCUCGCGCUUUCGCACCUUGCCAAGCAGUCGGUCAUGCACGCCGAUAUCAAGCCGGACAAUGUGCUGGUCAACGACGCCAAGACAUCGCUCAAGCUUUGCGAUCUUGGCUCGGCUUCGUUGCUCAGCGAGAUGGAGAUCACGCCCUACCUCGUCUCUCGCUUCUACCGCGCACCCGAGAUCAUCCUUGGUCAGGCGUACGACUGCUCGAUCGACGUGUGGUCCGUGGGCUGCACUCUGUACGAGCUGGCCACGGGCAAGAUCUUGUUCCCCGGGAGGACCAACAACCAAAUGCUUCUGUUGAUGCAGGAGGUGCGAGGACGCUUCACCACCAAGCAGAUCCGCAAAAGUCAAUUUGGCGAGCAGCACUUUGACGACGCCAACGCGUUCCUCUCGAUGGAGCCCGACAAAAGUACAGGCUCAAACGUUGUGCGCAGGGUGAUGCUGCAGAAGCCCCGCUCGGAUCUACGCUCGCGUUUGCUGCCCGCUGAUGCGGUCAAGCAUCUUAAAGCGGACGAAGUCAAGAUGACGAAUCACUUCAUAGACCUCCUCGAGCGGUGCUUGGAGCUGGAUCCUGCCAAGCGAAUCAAGCCGAAGGAGGCGCUCGAGCAUGCCUUUCUCGCGCACGUCGCGAAACCUACCUGA